UAAAUACGUCUGUAUAAAUAAAACUAAAUAAAUGGCUCCAAUAAAUAAAAUUAAAACUUAUGGUAGACCAAACAGAGGUCUAGUGAAUAAUUCUUUAAGUGCUGGAAAAUUACUUAUUGUAAAAAACAGGGCAAAGCAAAGAAAGAAACAAAAACUUGUUAUUAAAGAAUUGCCUGCAAGAGGUGCCGGUGAGACGUUGUUAGGACAAGAUUCUUUCCAUGUCUCCACUGAGGAUACUUUCGAUAAGUUGGUCAAAGGUAACAUCUACAAUCCUGUCAAUAUUAAAUCUCAUAUAUCAAUUGUACACAAUUCGGAAAGUGAUGCUUCCAAGUCAAUUAAAAGAGUAAACAGUUUUUAUUCACCUAUAAUUACAAGAAGGAGAAAUAAAUCUGUUUUUCUAUCUGAAACGUCAAGCAGUUCAGAUGUCGGAAAUAGGACCAACAAAAACGAUCAGUCUGACAAUUUAUACUCUCCUAUUAUGACUAGAAGUAGAAAGAAAUCUUCCCAUAGAAUAAAUAUUUCUGAUAGCCUAGAAAAUGCUAGUGGAAAAAAUAAAAGUGAUUCAGUAAUACCCCAUUUUAAACAACCAACAAUCGAAAAAAUAGAUUUCAGUUUGGAAGUCGAGAAGGUAAGGAAUCAAAUUCCAAGGUCAUUAAGUUACAUCAUUGUCCCCGAGUCAAAAGGAUGUGAGGUAUCUAUUAAUAUACCCCGAGAUAAUAUUAGUACAAAAGGGAACUUAUCUUUUGAUCCUAUUUUCACAAAGAGCUUUCGCGAAAAACUCAUUCAUUCGAGUACCCCUUUGGUUCCUAUGAAAACUAAAAAAAUUGUUAAUUACACUAUAUCGCCUAUUAGGAAUAUAAGUCGGUCUGAUACUAAAGAACAUACUGAUCAAACAUCAAAUUUUUGCCUGUCUAAAAAUUCUUUUACACCUUUGAACUCUGUGAAUGAUAGAAGUAUCGAAUAUGUACCUGAAAAAGACUGGAAAUUGAUAGCAGAACCUAUGGUUAUAUUAGAUGUUUGUCCACAAAUCUCAAUGCUCUCACAUUAUCCUGGGUUUGAUAGUACUGAGAAAUUACAAAGUGAAGUAGCACGGCAAAAGUUUCAUAAGAUUAUCGGUGAUAAUGAAAAUUUGAAUUUUGUUUUUAAUGCAGUUGCGCCAGAAAUACAGACAGGCAUCAAAUCUAGAGAGAGCUUCAUCACUUUAAGGAAAAGAAGGAUUUUAAAAAGGAGUGUUAAUAAAAGUAGAAAAAGAUCUAGUAAUUUUAAAAGAAAUACAGUUACUAUAGAUCAAAAUCAUACUCAAAGUAAACGGAAGUCAGUCAUGCUUGAAGAUUUUAACACUUUUGUUGAUAAAAUUAAUAGUGAAAAUGAAUCAAAACUGUCUUCUCACAGCUUAAGCGAUUUUGAAUCAUUUGAGAGGCAAAAUAGAAAAUUGUUAGAUUUGAAUGAUUUUAGGGACUCAAAGGUGUGUCAAAUGGAGAAUUCAAGAAACUUUGUUAAUAAAAAACGGCGCAGGCUAACGGAUUCAUACUUGAUGACGAAUAAAAAACAAAAAACUGUUGACAGGGCAUCGGGUAAAGAAAAAAGCAUAAGACGGCAUUCAUGUCAGGAGGAAUCUUUUGAUACACCAUUACAAGAUGUUGUCGUACUCAUGCCUAAAAUUAAACUUGUUUCUCAUGACAAUUCUACUAAUAAUGAAUCAAGAAAUGAAAGCACAUCUUCUUCCUGUGAAAGUGAAAACCGGGUUAGCUUAACAAAUUUUUCGGAUACUGAUAAAUCUUCAAACGGAAGCUCAGAUAUUUCCGAUAAUGACUUUUUCAAAUUAAAACAUCCUGUUUUCAAGGAAGUCAUUGUAGAUAUAACAAGACUGGAACUACAAUCUGAUUUAAAUAGAACCGAUAAUUUUAUUAACUCUUUAACUGGUCAAAGUAAAUCCUUGUUUUCCAUAUGUUCUGUUAACUCUAAUUAUGGGGAUUGUUCCGUUAGUGCGACACAUCAAACUAUUCAAAAUGAUGCCAGUGUUAACAAGCGAAAUAGUUCUAGCCUUAUAAAAAAUAAUUUCUCGACUUUGGACUCAAAUAUUCAUCCACAAGGAAAAGAAACUGUAUUGGUUUCGAAAGAUGAAGACUCUGUUCAAGAAAAAAAUGCUUCUUCAUCAAGCAAUGUUUCUAAAAGUAGUGAUGGAGUUCUUAACUGCCGAAAAGAGAAUAAACUAGAUAUCAGUGUUGAAGAUUUUGAAAAUUUCUUUGAAAACGUCACGAAAAGAUCACGAAGUAAUAAAAAGUCUGAAUUCAUAGAAGUGCAUAGGUCUAGCAGCGGCGAACUUUCUUUUGUGAAUAUCGAUCCAUUACAAGAUGAUUUAGAUAAUAAAGACAGCAAAGACUUGAUAGUAAACCUUAUAAAAUCCCCAUGGCGUAAAAAUGGCAAACAGGCCGUUCUUUCAUCUAAAAACAAUGCGGAAAACACAGUUAUAGACCUGAUUGAUUCACUUGACGAUAAAAGCAUUAGAAAAUCUGAUGCCGUUAAUGAUAUAUCUGCUUUGAGGGAGGAUCAGUUUCGGAAACACAGUAUUUCGGAUAUUAUCGAAAAUUCAGUGCUGGGAUCUAGUCAAGUGGAUGAGGACGGUUUUAAGAAACCUAUAAACAGCAACAUGCGAAGGCGUCACUCGAAAACUUUGGUGCUUAAGGCAGGGAAGUUGUGGAGGAGGUCUCUUUCCAUGUAUAAGAGAAGUAGCGAGAUGUUGACCAUUUUGAACCAGAAUGUUUGCAGGCUGGCAGAUGGAAACUUCUGUGCAUGCCCUAGAUGUAAUCUUGCGAGACAGUCUUCCCGUCUUUCAAACAGGAGGAAUUCUAUCAGAAUAGUUCCGGCAAGACCAACCACUGACCCUGGCCGCGAAAUAUCUGUCUUGGAAAAUUACGCUCACAACGCAAGUUAUGUGUCUGACCGGAUUCUCGAAGAUAAUUUGGAAAACGACCUUAGAAGUUUAUCGUUAAGCAAGAGGAAGACUUCCAUAGUCCAAAAUUCGACGCCCGUUGUUACUGCCAGGGAACUCGUUUUGAAGAAAUGUGGUCAAGAGGAGCCCCUUCCGUUCGAAGAAUGCUAUUCCAAGAGUGUACUUCAGAACUGCCAAAAAAUUGGGGAGGGUGUCUAUGGAGAGGUGUUCCUCUUCAAAAACCCCAAUGGGGGCACAUCGGUGAUGAAAGUUAUUCCCAUAGAAGGCGACCUAAUAGUUAACGGCGAGCGGCAGAAAAAAUUCGAUGAAAUCCUAUCAGAAAUCACUAUAGCAUUGGAGCUGAGCAAUUUGAGGAACAACAAUGACAACAAAACGAGUGGGUUCUCGGAGGUGCAGAAAGUGUGCUGCGUUCAGGGCAGCUACCCCGAAAAAUUGAUAUACCUUUGGGAGCUGUACGACGAGACUCGGGGUUCCGAGAAUGACUCACCCGACAUCUUCGGGGAGGACCAGCUCUAUAUCGUACUGCAACUGGCCAAUGGGGGAAGCGAUCUCGAGGCUUUCAUCUUCAAUAAUUCCCUUCAGGCCUACACAAUGUUUCAACAGGUCGCCUGCACUUUGGCGGUAGCCGAGGAGGAGCUGCAUUUCGAACACCGCGACCUGCACUGGGGCAACGUCCUGUUGUCCACGGUGGACAAGAACUCGAAGGUCACCUUCCGCCUGGACGGCAAGAACUACGACAUUAUGACGAAGGGUGUGGAGGUGGCCAUCAUCGAUUUCACGCUGUCCCGGAUAGAGUGCGAAGGUGUGGUGAUCUUCAACGAUCUCAGUUUGGAUCCCGAUCUCUUUACCGCAGAGGGAGACUACCAGUUUGAGGUGUACAAACUGAUGCAGAAAAAGAAUGGGAAUAACUGGCAACGUUUUGAGCCUUACAGCAACUUAUUGUGGCUUCACUACACACUAGACAAAGCCUUGACUGCCUUACGCUACAAAAACACGCAAACCAAAGUUCACAAGGAGUACCUCGGCAAAUUGAGGCAGCUGAAAGACGAGAUACUUAACUACAACAACGUCAAGGAGUUCGUGUUGGAGUACUUCUAAACAUUGUCACUGUUACAGUUCAAAAAGCAUGAAUCCUACUAUUUCAAAUAGUUCAAAUGUGAAGUAUUACAUUUUUCGUUGUUAUAUAUUUCAUGGUUUUUUUUCGCCGUUGGAAUUGUUUUGGUAUUAAAUAUUCUCAGUGUUUGCGUAUACGUUUCAAAAUUUCCGGUAUGUUGUGUGUAUGUAUAUUUUUUUAGAAAUUAAAAGUUAGAUACGUUUAGGAGUAAGUAAAAAAUAUUUUCUAUUGAAAUGAGCUGAAAGAUAAUCAUAGCAAAUCGCUGCUUUAUGAGGUCUAGAAAAAGUUAUAAUUCGACGUUUUCGGAGGAGAUAGGGAAAAGUAGUUCAGAUGUCCCAGGCUUGAUUCUUGAGAAAAAUUGAAGUAUUAAAAGCGCAUCUCGAUUUCCUCAAUUGUUUAAGAGAUAUAGAAUGGUUUUCUUUUUUGUUGUUUUUUGUAAUGACGAAUAACGUCGCAAAAAUUGCUUGUUAUAGUAAAAUACUAUUUAAUCCACUGGAUUCAAAACGGCCAAAAAUUAAAAAUGCCCCAUAUCUCUUAAACAAAUCAAAAUAUUGAGAUGUGGUCAUCGCCAUUUAAUUUUCCUCGACAAUUGAGCUCGGGACAUUUGAACUACUUUUUGUAUAUCCUUGUGAAAGCAAUAAAUUCCCUGAAAAAGUUGAAACUGGUCCACUCUGUACACCAUUGACAAUAAAUUCUUAUUUUUUGUUGUGGAAACAGUGAUUUUUUUUUUGUAUUACAUUGAGAAAAACGUUUUUUAACAUCCAGUUAGUGUUUUCGAGAAACACCGGACUUAGCAAUAACCCUAAAUUUAUUUUUAUAGUAUUUCGUCACCGUUUGAUUUUUUAUAUAUGUUUUGACGUGGAAUCGUUCAUCUUCAGAAUGAGCCUCUAGUGCUGAAAUAUGCAAUCAGGUCGCAACCGUAGUUGCUCUUAUCAGCUUUAUAUCACUUUCAUAGAAUAAUUGUAUAAAAAACGUUAUUGUACUUUUAUACAGAAAUAAAGUUUAUAUUGGUA